UCCACGCCAAGCCACAUAGAUCACCACCACACCACAACCACCUUCCCCUGCAUCCGAGCUCGCUCCAGAUCCCGACCCGACGCCAUGGCCACCGCCUUCGACUCGCCGGCCUCCUCCCCGGCCGCCGCGCCCUUCCACUCCUCCCCAUUCCUCAGCUUCGACCCCGCCUCCCCCUCCGCCGCCGACGUCCCGGCCUCCCCCGACCCCUACGCCUUCCGCUCCGACGCCGACGCGCACCCCUUCGGCAUGCCCGAGUCCAACGGCAACGGCCACUACGCCGCCGCCGCCGACGACGACGAAGGCCUCUUCACCGGCUCCCACGACGCCGGGCCAAUCCUCCCGCCCCCAGCCCAGAUGGGCCACGACGAGGGCAUCAUCCUCCGCGAGUGGCGCCGUCAAAACGCAAUCCUACUGGAGGAGAAGGAGAAGCACGAGAAGGAGCUGAGGAGCCAGAUCAUCCUUGAGGCAGAAGAGUUCAAGAAGGGCUUUGUUGAGAAGCGCAAGCUAAACCUUGAGACGAGCAAGGAUCAGAACCGCGAGAGGGAGAAGCUUUUCCUAUCCAACCAGGAGAAGUUCCACAAGGGUGCAGACCAGCAGUACUGGAAGGCAAUCUCGGAGCUGAUCCCGCACGAGAUCGCCAACAUCGAGAAGAGGACGGGCAAGAAGGACAAGGACAAGAAGCCCGGCAUCGUCGUGGUGCAGGGCCCCAAGCCAGGGAAGCCCACCGACAUGGCCCGGAUGCGCCAGAUUCUGCUGAAGCUAAAGCAGACGCCACCCCCGCACAUGAAGCCGCCCACCCCACCUGCCCCCGCUGCGAAGGGCGGGGCCAAAGUGGCAGCGGUGCCUGGUAAGGACGCCCCUGCCAACGGUGUUGUCACCGAGACGGAGAAGGCUGCCGCUGCUGCAGCUGCUACCCCCGCGGCUCCAGCUGCUACCCCAGCUCCUCCAGCAGAGGCUGCUAUGGCACCGACAGCUGAGCCCAGCGUUGCUGCUUGAGCGAGGAAGUUGAGCUCGGUUGGAUGAUGAUGGUUCGCUGUGUAGUAUUGUAUUUCGGUGCCUGUAGAGUUGUUCUGGAAGAGAGGAGGAAGGAGGAUGAAGAAGGGUGUAUAUGAUAAGAGUUGUUCUGGCAUGGUGGGGAGACUACGCGCAGUGUACUGUUAAUUUGAGUUUGUUAUUGUUGUUAUUAAGAGGACUGACAAGCUUUUGUUCCUUAAUUGUUAUUGCAUUUUGUAGAAAGGAAGAUAUUGGAAAAAAUAAGAUGUACGGAUGCUGUAUUAGAGGGUGUGUUUGGAUAUUUGUAAAAACCUCAUCUUUUGCAUAUAUUAUAUCAUUUCGAUUUUUCAUCUCAA